AUGACGUGGUUACGGUUAGCUGCUUUACUUGCGCUUGCUCUUGCUGUAUCCACCCAGCAUGGUACGGUAGGUCGUCCGUGCGAAGUGUCUACGGAUUGUGGAACUGGUAACUAUUGUGCUGGCAACAAACGAUGCGCGUGCCUCACGACAUAUGUUGAGAUUGAUUCGUACUGUUGGCGAAAGAUCAACCCUGGUGAGUCGGGUUGCACGCAGAACAGGCAGUGCGAGGCAGUAUGGCCUGGGGCAUAUUGUCGCUCUGGUGAAUGUCGAUGUGCUAAUAAUCAGCCACCGUUCAGGACUAGAGACGGAUUGGUGUGCUUGAAUUAUGGAUUUUGUCCACUGAACGGGAAUAAUCCGAAGUUCCGCAUUGAAAACCAGGUUCAGCAGUUACCAUCCGAUGCUACAUGUGAGGCAAUUGGAGCGCUUGCUUACGAUUGUAUUUGUGACUCCGAUGACUGUACUGUGAACAAUCCAAUUAGUUUUUGUUGCCCUAGUAGAGCUCAUUUUUCAGCGUUUGCUUGUAUACAGCCACCAAACGAAGGUUACACUCCCCCAGGUGGUGGAACCACUCUGAAUCACUGGUACCAUGAUCCUAUCACUGGAGAAUGUCGAGAGUUAAAAUAUCAAGGAUACGGAGGGAAUGCCAAUAACUUCCAAACAAAGGACCACUGUGAAUCUUAUUGCAAACAAACCUGCAAUCGCGGACUUCCUUUAUACCGUGAUAGGACUACUGGCGUCAAACAGGAGCCAGUUUACUGUCAAGGCAACGAUAACGGAUGUAACAACCCCAACUACCAGUGCACAACGAUGGGCACGUUGCAGCAAUGCUGCCCGACAUACUUGUUCAUAUGCUCACGCAAUGGAGGCAUUCCGACUGAAGUAUAUAAUACCGCUGGAGGGCUUCCUACAGAAUACUUUGAUGUUGGAAUACCUGAUGGAUCUGGUACUACGUCGCCUAGAUUCUACUAUGACUCUCGAGAAGGGCGAUGUAUUCAGUUCUCGUAUCUUGGUCAAGGAGGAAACUUCAACAACUUUCUUUCUCAGGACCAUUGUGAGAAGUUUUGUUCAAGAAGUAAGUAUGAUUUGGUCGGGAAAUCUCGUAAUAUGGAGUGCUCCCCAACUGGCAGUGGUGCUAAUUCUUGUCCUUCCACGCAUUCUUGUGAAAGUACUUCAGGCUCGACAACCUUUGGCGGUGUUUGCUGUCCACGUCCGCAGUACGUGUGCAAACUUCCGCGCGAGCAAGGUAAUUGUGGAACGUACUCAAAUCGAUGGUGGUUCAAUGCUAAAACUGGAAACUGUGAGGAGUUCAUUUAUUCUGGAUGUCAGGGCAACGCAAACAACUUCGAAACUUACAAAGAAUGCCAGGAUUAUUGUCGUGACGCUAGAAGUGAACCGCAGUGCAUCCAAGGUACAGCGCUCACGGAUUCAAAUGGAAACUUCAUUAUCUGUGGAGGUUCGUCAGCAGCAUCGACGUCCUGUCCAGCAAACCACUACUGUUAUUAUGAUGGAACCACAUAUGGAUGCUGUCCCACACAAGCUUACACCUGCUCUUUGUCAUACAAGUCUGGUGCCUCUUGUGGUCCUGCCGUUACUCGUUGGUAUUAUGACUCGACCACCAGGACAUGUCAGACGUAUUCGUUCAAUGGAUGCGAUGGUAACUCGAACAAUUUUGCAACGCAACAAGACUGCAAGGACUACUGUCGCGUUGAGUCCUGCCCGGAUGGAGGAGAGGUGUGGAAGGAACAAAAUGGUGCAGCUCGUGCGUGUACCACAAAUAGACAAUGUCCAUCGACUCACUAUUGUACGCCGGUGACCACAUGGACUGGAACCGUUUACCAGACAAAGUCUUUGUGCUGUCCGUCGAAGAACUUCGUUUGUUCUCAACCACGAGAUGUCGGGGUGCGUUGUUCCAGCACUCGAAUAACUCGGUGGUAUUUUAACGCGGAUUCGAAAACAUGUCAAACAUUCGAAUAUAACGGUUGUGAAGGCAAUAGAAACAAUUUUGCUUCACAAAAGUCUUGUCAAAACUACUGUCUUUCCGAGGCUUGUCCUCCAGGAACCGUAGUAGCUAAAGACGGAGAUGGUAAUCGAUUAAUUCAAUGCAGCAAUCCAGGUGGCCAAGGUCGUGUAUCUGGUGGUUGUCCAGAGGGAUACACAUGUUUCUCUUCGCCGCUUCUGGAUCAGAGCGUGUGCUGCGGUGCUAGCACCGAGCUUCAAUCCCUUUGUCCAACGUCUUCAACUCCGUUUAUCUCUGCAUUAUCAUUACAACCGAUGCAGUGUACACCGAAUGUGGACGGUGCCUGCCCUGGAAAUUUUUUCUGCUGGUUCUCCACAACAGCCACUUCAGUGAAUGCUUUCUAUUGUUGCCGUUCACCGGAUAGCAUUGACACAGGAUACUGCCCACCACAGUUAAUGCCAGUACCUGGUGAUGGUGGUGCACAGUACAAAUACUGCUCGCCAUCAGCGCCUUUAAACGAUGCUACUCAAGGAUGUGGAGUUAACAGACACUGUCAAUUCAGUACAACUCUAGAGAGAUACAUAUGCUGCGGAUUGGAAUCUGAUGUCCGGCUACCAAACGUUUGCCCACCACAGCCGGCUAAUCUUGUUCCCGUAGAACUUGCUGGCAACUACCGCACUUGCAACCCGUAUGCGCGAAGUGGCACACCGCAGAGCUGCCCGGAUAAUUCAGCUUGUCUCUACACAGGAAACGAAAAUGGCUUCAUCUGCUGUCGCAUACAGCUGGGUAAUGGGAAAGCGUAA